UUUGACGUUUAUGGUCUUGUCAAUUGUCAUUUCAUUUGUCAAAUUUUUUAAAUAAAAAUAAUGCAUUUGAAAUUAAUUUUGGAUUUUUAAUUAAAUAAGAUAUUCAAAAGAAAUAUGUAGCAUGUUAAUUUAAUGUCUUGAAGAAUAUCUAAUUUAUAUGAAGUCGGAUUAUUAUGUACGGUCGGAGACUCGGGAGUACUUAACAUUGAAAUGUAUUAGUGAAAGUAAUACAAUAUUUACAGUGAAAUUUAUCUUUUUGGUUAAAAAAAAUGGGUAAAACUAGUAAAGUGGUUGUAUGCGGAAUGAAAGGAGUGGGUAAGACGGCUGUAUUAGAACAACUUAUUUACGGUAAUGUGAAUUUAAAGGCUUCGUUUUACCCGACAAUAGAAGAUAUCUAUGUGGCGAACAUAGAGACCGACAGGGGGACUAAGGAACGUGUCUGUUUCUACGACACGGCGGGGUUGGAGCCCCCCCUUACAGGCGAGUUGAAAGGACCACCUCAAUCACCAACCAUGCAGUUGACUUCAAACCAAGUGCUGCAACGGCACUACCUGGGCUUUGCCGAGGGGUUUGUGAUGGUGUACGACACAACCAGGCCUGAGUCACUUGAUGUGUUGAUCUAUUUGAAGAAAGACAUAGACAGGAAUAAAGAUAAAAAGGAGGUGGUAAUGAUGGUGAUAGGCAAUCGAACGGGUCCAGAUGACCUCAACAGUUUAGAAAACACAUGCUCCAAAGCAGCAAACUGGUGUGCGCGUGAAAAAAUACGACACUUCGAAGUAUCGGCAAUGGACCGACCAUCCCUGUAUGAGCCCUUCAUCUUCAUGACUUCGAAACUGAACCCGGUUCAAAAUAAAACUGCCUUCCCACAGCUCAGCACGUUGAGUAAGCUAACACAGAAGAGUAGUAGAAGCGACGCCAUGUAACAUUACGUUUUUAGACUGUGCCCCUUUUGCUACCACCCGUGAGGGUUUUGUUUUUGUAGAAAAAAAUUCAUCAAUUCACUACUCACUGUUUUCACAGAGAGAUUAAGCUAAAAUUGAGAUCCUUAAUCUUCCUCAGUAAACAAUAUGAAAUUCCGUUAAGUACUUCUUGGAAUUCGCGUGUAAAAAUACACAAAAAAUCAUUUUUUAUGGUCCAUCUCAAUUUUUCGUCUAAUUAAUAAUUGCAUUAUACCUCACUGUGAUGUUAAAAUCGUAAUAAUUUAAAUAAAUAAUAAUAAAUAUAACUAUAUGAUUUUAGUUUUCUGAGAAUCUCAUGAAUUUUGAAUAUUUAAAUAAGAUAUUUAUUAUUGUUUUCAGUGUAUGUACUUCAUACUUAUAGGCAUUUUUUUAUUGUUAUUGGAACUUAUGAACGAGUAAAAUUAUUGUACAUAUCAUUUAAAAGUUCGAACUUUUCUAGUUAGCAGCAUUGCUUUUUAAUCAAUUGACAUAUUAUUGUACCUGCUAUACUUCAUUUAUUCGUUCAUUUGGCUGGUGGAAGGCUUCGGCCGUGGCUAAUUACCACCCUACCGGCAAAUACGUACCGCCAAGCGAUUUAGCGUUCCGGUACGAAACCGAAAAGGGGCGUGGAUUUUCAUCCUCCUCCUAACAAGUUAGCCCGCUUCCAUUUUAGACUGCAUCAUCACUUACCAUCAGGUGGGAUUGUAGUCAAGGGCUAACUUGUAAAGAAUAAAAAUAUAUAUAUUUAAAGAAUACGUGUUAAAAAUUCACGUUGCCUCUCGCACGGCACACUUCUCUCGCUCUCCUUUGUUAUGCGAUUUAUUCGUUAUUUAAUUUUUGUAUUUAUUUAAUGGUUCAAAAUAAUGUACUUAUUAUUUUAUAGCAACCACAAAACGACAAAAUAUUACAUAAUAUGUAAUAUGUAAGUAAUCGGUUUAAGUUUGAACUAUGUAUGUAUGGUAAUUUUUUCAGUAUUAUAUUUUAUUAUUUUGUUUUAUGUACUGCCUCAAACUAUUGCAUUGAAUGCAUUAUGUUUAAAAGCUUUACUUUAUGAAAGUUGACAGUAAUAAUAUUAUGUUUAUUUUAUUAUUUUCUACGGAAACUUUUGUGGCGUAAGACAGUACCUCCCACAUUGAAAAGCUUCAAAAACCCUCACGGCCUUAUUUAAAAACAUGGUUUAGGAUUUACACCUCAAAUUUCUACAAAGUAAAGUGAACUUUAAACAUCUGUGUUUAGGUCCUAUUUAAAGGACACACAGGAAGAAAAUUGUGGUUUUAAAGCUUAAUCGAUGUUUAUGAAUAUGGAGGUCGAUGCUCAGUUCACUGCACGACCAGGCACCAGAACUAUUGACUAGACAAUAUUAUAGUUUGUCCAUAUUGCCGAAUAUGUUGAAAAGUAAUAAAAUAAAGCCAUUCUCUUUAUACACUAAUAUUUUAGACAAUAUUGUAAAAUUUUACAGGAAUUUUCUUUCUGUUUUUCAUUUACAUCUACUGUUAUUAUUUAAAUGAAAUGAAAGUAGUUGAUUUUUUUUUACAUUCUUUAAUAAUAGUACAUAUUAUAUUCAAAGCAUUCCUACUGUAUUGAAAUUCGCCCCAUACUUUUAUUUUUACAUCCGUCUAAAAAAAUGAGGGGCAUAGGUAGAUGAAAAAAUAUGUAAAAUAAAUUAAAAAGUUAGAAAAGUAGGAAACUUUUCAGUAUUUUUAUAACUAAUUUUUAGCUUCUAUGUAAGACAGAUCUCCUUUAAUGUUUAAAAUUCUUUAGGAAACAUUAAUUUACCUACUAAUUUCAUAAUUUGUUUGAACUGUAUGUAAAAAAUUGAAAAAAAAAAUUACAAUAUUAUUAGUAUGGAAGCACCUUAACUCCUCGGUUUCCUCGUUUGAGUCUGAAUAAUGAAAUGGACCACACUAUUUUUUUUAGAUCUAAUAUCUAUUUUCAGAGAUAUGUCUAAGUGUAAAGACAGCGGAAUUCAUAGAUAUAUUUCUUUAUUAUAUCUAUGGUGGAAUUAGUAGGUACUUGUACUUAACUCGAAUUUAGUAUAAUAAUAGUUGUAAGAAUAUUUAAAAUGUAGUUAUGAUUAAUUUAUUGUUUUUUAGUGCAAUAUUAAUAUUUUGAGACAUAACUAACAGUGGAAUUCAUAGACGUUGUAAGACACCCCCAGGGGAUCAUUCACCCGCUGAGUGUCAAAUUCUCAAACAAAUAGAGGCUAAAUUCGACACUCUGCAGCUGAUCGAUCCCCUGGAGGUGCCCCUACUAUGUCUAUGAAUUCUACUGUAAAACAUUUAAGAGCUAGGCUUGUUAAUUUACGGAUUUGUAUGAACUGUGAAUGUGAAAAUGUGUUCUAAAAUGGUAAUGAAGUUUGAUGUUUUUAUUAUUAUUAUUAUUAUAAAUAAGUACUUAAAUGAAAUGGUAUCAAAUAAAUGUUAUAGUUUGUA